AUGACAGAUGAAAAUACCUUAAAAACCACUAAAACUUCCUUAAAAGGUCAGUUAACGAGAUUUUUUAAUUUUAUAAAAGAUGUAGAGUCAGGUAAAGCAAACAAAGAUCAGUUAGAAUGCAGACUAGCAGUAGCAAAAGAUUUAUUGUCAGACUUUAACUCGGUAAUGGUUCAGCUUAUGGUAUUAGAUUUAGAUGAGACAAAAAAUAAAAGUAAGGAAUAUGAAGCUGAACUAGAAGAAUAUGAAAAGAAGUUUUUUGAUUGUAUAUCAAAAGCGGAUAUUUUAAUAAAAAAACAGACAUUUAAUCAACAAGCAGACACAAUAAAUACAAGUUGUAGUUCACAGUUACAAGCUUCACAAGACAUAAGGUUACCUUGUAUUGAUCUUCCAAGGUUCAGUGGGGCCUCAGAAAAUGGGGGUGUAGAAAGUGGGAGCUCAUGGCUUGAGUUUUAUGACGGGUUCACUAGUUUAAUUGGCAAUGAUCCUAAUUUAAGUAACAUUAAAAAAUUUUAUUAUCUCAAAUCUUGUUUGACAGACAGUGCGGCAGCAGUAAUUUCCUCUUUGGAGGUUACGAAUGAAAAUUAUACGAUUGCUUGGUCGAUCUUAACAGAUAGAUUUCAGAAUGAUAAACUCAUAGUACAUUCUCAUGUUCGGGCGUUAUUUGAGUUAUCCGUGAUACAAAAAGAAUCACCUUCUCAGCUGAGAAAACUGAUUGAUGAGUGGGAGAGGAAUUGUGGAAAAAUUAAAGUAACUAAAGAAUACAGAUAA